CCGACGAGCCACGCAUCGCGAUUGAACACCGCAAGGAAAACCCUUUGUCAAAGGCGGGGGAAAGUUGGAAAGCAACAAGCUUCCAAGAACACCUGCCGUUGCUAAUAAAACCCUAACGCGCUGACGCUCGUCAGCCCAUGCCCCAUCUCCUCCCGGUCGGCAUUGGUCUCUCGUCGAUCUCAUCCAUGCACAAUACCCGGUCCACCUCCAGGCUGCUUCGCGCCUCCCGCCCGGAGCUCAACCCAGGUGUAAGAGAAGUGAAGUGUGAAUCCAGUGUUUCUUUUGACAACUCCAAGUAUGAAAUGAAUUCCAUGAAGAGGAAAAAGUUGAGCCGGGUGCUUGAAUUAAACGGGGAGCAUCCUAAGAAGGAGGUUGAUAUCGUUCCUGACAUUGAAGAUUUUCGAUAUGACAAGAUCAAGGCAGAAGCAUCAAUAUCUACAGAUGGUGUACCAGCAUCAUCAAUCAGGUUGGAGAAAAAGGUCAAAGUUUCAUCUGUUCUGAAAGUUGUAGCUCCAGAAAAUUGGGAAGCAGUUCUUGGAGGUAUAAAAAGCAUGAGGUUAUCUGGUGAGGCCCCUGUAGAUACAAAGGGCUGUGAAAAAGCUGGUUCUCUUCUUCCACCCAAGGAAAGAAGGUUUGCAGUUCUGAUAUCAACUAUGAUGUCAAGCCAAACAAAAGAUGAAGUUACACAUGCUGCCGUGGAGCGUCUCUCCGAGAAUGGUUUACUAGACCCUGAUGCUAUCGUCAGAACAGAUGAGACCACACUAGCUAACCUUAUCAAACCGGUUGGAUUCUAUCAGAGAAAGGCCCAAUUCAUAAAAGAAGCUUCUAAAGUUUGUCUUAAACGAUUUGGAGGUGAUAUUCCAGAUUCUUUGACGGAGUUGCUUGCUCUGAAAGGAGUUGGCCCUAAAAUGGCUCAUCUGGUGAUGAGCAUCGCAUGGAAGAAUACUCAAGGAAUCUGUGUGGAUACCCAUGUGCAUCGCAUUUCUAACCGUCUUGGAUGGGUCUACCGAGAAGGAACAAAGCAGAAAACUACAACACCAGAACAAACAAGGAUGUCUCUCGAGAAGUGGUUGCCAAAGGACGAGUGGGAGCCUAUAAACCCGCUGCUGGUUGGAUUUGGGCAGACAAUCUGUACUCCGCUGAGGCCCAAAUGCGUGAACUGUGGUAUAAACACCCUUUGCCCCUCAGCGUUUAAGGAGCCAUCAAGUCCAAAUCCAAAGCAAAAGAAACGAGGUCUAGGUAGAACUUAAUCUGGGGGUGCCUUCUGAACCCUUUUACAUCCAAGGUAUUUCCUGGGAUCUUUUGGUUGGCCUAUCCUUUGUAUAGCCUCCUGCUAGUGCCAUUGGAGAACUUAUUAUCCUUUUGCAUACCUGUAAUUUAUUCGAGAUGUGAAUGAACACAUCGACCCCAUCAAAAUUACGAUAUAAUUUGCAGGAACUGAAGAUACUGCGUAGGGACAUCGAUGUUUAAACACUUUCUCUCGCAUGAGCAUUGCAUGCCAACUGCCAUGGGUUUGCCUACCAUUAUAUACUAUCUCAGCUCAGCGAGGAAACAUGCAAAUAGUGCCUUCCAUUAAUUGAUCUUGUCGUACGAGUUCAACUCUUAA